GUCAUGAAGGAUAAAGUUAAAGAAAUCGAUUUUCUCUCUCUCUCUCUCUCUAUCAAAAUUGAUUUGCUCAAUCAUACUUGCUUUUCCUUUUCAUUCUCACACAGCCGUGUAAUAUUCUUCUUUCUUUCCUCCCCAGAAGCAUCCAUUCACAUUGUCUCUGCGUUUAAACAAAAAAAAACACGCACACGGCUUCUUUGCCGUAAAAUAUUCUUAUUUCUCGCUCAAAGUUCUUACCCUUUUGUUUCCCUUCUCUUGUUUUCCCCGCUACUUCUCCCUAUUGGAUUUUUUGUUUGCAAUUCUACCUCAUACCCGGUUUUCAAAAAUGGAUUUUUUAGGUUCCCAUUCGCUCAAAUUCCAAUCUUUUCAUGUCUAAAACAUCUGGUUUGGGAUUUUGGGUAUUCAUUACACUUUAAAGCAUAAGAAGUUGUUGAAAAGGUUUUGAUUCAUGGGUAGGGGUGGAAACCAGUUGUUUGAUGAUAGUAGAGAUGUGUUUCUCUCGGUUGCCUGUUUGGGGUCUCAAUGGGGUAACGUUCAGGAUGUUCAGUAUCUCCCUAGAGGAGGUCUUUUUGCAAGUGUUAAUCUAAUGGGUAUGGGGGACAGCAGCAACUUAAAGUCUUUAUACAAUGAUUUAUAUGUUAAGUACUUGUCCUUUGUUGGUUUUCAAGAGGAGGAGGGGGUUUUGAAGAAAAAGAAAGGGGGGCUUAAGUUGAAGAUUAAGGUUAAAAAUCCCUCGUUAAGAAGGCUGAUUAGUGGAGGGAUUGCUGGUGCUAUUUCAAGGACUGCAGUGGCUCCUUUGGAGACUAUUAGAACUCAUUUGAUGGUGGGGAGUAGCGGACACAGUACAACCGAGGUUUUUAAAAAUAUAAUGCAGACUGAUGGAUGGAAAGGGUUGUUCAGAGGCAAUUUGGUUAAUGUGAUUCGUGUUGCGCCUAGCAAGGCCAUUGAGGUGCUACAUGCAAGUUGCAAGAGGUCAACAAGCAGGGAGGGGCCUUUAUUCUAUUGGGUUUGUGGUCUCCUCGCUAUUUUUUAAUGCACUGUUCAUUUAUUAGCGGCAAAUUCAUUGGA